CCUGUGACCUUUGACCCGGCGUCCGCUCCAGGUGUCCCGGAUCCCGUUCUACGCAAAUGCGAGCUCCGGGUUCCCGCGCACCAGCGACCCGUGCAAGCCUGGGUCGAGUCCCUGCGGGGCUAUGAGCAGGAACGCGUGGGGUUGACCGACCUGCACCCCGAUGUUUUCGCCACAGCGCCCAGAUUGGACAUCCUGUAUCAGGUUGCUGUGUGGCAGAGGAACUUCAAGAGAAUUAGCUAUGCAAAGACCAAGACAAGGGCGGAGGUGCGAGGCGGGGGCCGCAAGCCCUGGAAACAGAAAGGCAGCGGGCGAGCCCGGCACGGCAGCAUCCGCUCCCCCAUCUGGAGAGGAGGAGGCAUCGCCCACGGCCCCCGGGGCCCCACGAGCUACUACUACAUGCUGCCCAUGAAGGUCCGGGCUCUGGGCCUCAGGGUGGCCUUGACGGUGAAGCUGAGCCAGGAUGACCUGCACGUGGUGGACUCACUGGAGCUGCCCACCUCGGACCCCCAGUACCUGACGGAGCUGGCCCGCUACCGCCGCUGGGGGGACUCCGUGCUCCUGGUGGACUUGACUCACGAGGGGAUGCCCCAGAACAUCGUGGAGGCCACCUCCAAGCUCAAGACCUUCGACCUGGUCCCGGCUGUGGGCCUGAAUGUGUACAGCAUGCUCAAGCACCAGACCCUGGUGCUCACGCUGCCCACCAUCGCCUUCCUGGAGGACAAGCUGCUUUGGCAGGACUCGCGCUACACGCCGCUCUACCCCUUCCGCCUGCCCUACAGCGACUUCCCCUGACGCCGCCUUGCCGCCCUCCUGCCUUCCCCGGGCUGACCCGGCCCAGCCAGGGCCCCGGGCCUCCACGCUGGGCCGAGAGCCCCGAGAGCCAGCUGCUCUCCCUGCGCAUUAAAUCCGGGUUGAAGCCUGGCGAGGGUACACACACCUGUAAUCCUAGCUAUUCAGGAGGGAGACAUCUGAGCAUCGCUGUUCAAAGC